AUGCCAAUUGAAAAAGAGAAUUGGUUUAUCAGUUGGGACCAACACAAGUUGGAAAUGGAAACUAAGGGAGCCAUGUUGACAAAUCACAUCUGUGAAUUGGAGGAGAUUGCAAACAGCAUUGAUCGGCAACACAAAGGGACAAAAAUAGUUCACGUCUCAGGAAGCUCUGCGAAUGCUGCAGGGGGCAUUUUAUCCUUGGCAGGAAUGAUUAUUGCCCCUUUCACAAUGGGUACAUCUUUGGUGCUCAUGGCUGUAGGAGCAAGCAUUGGCGGAGCUGCAAUGGCCAAACAAGCAUUAAGGAAAGUUCCUGAAGAAGUAGCUGAUGAAAUCAGUCUCAUUGCUCAAAAUGGUCAAAAAAUGAAGAAUGUGAAGGGAGCUGGAAAUGUGAGACGUGCAGCCUGUACCACAUCAGGUGCAUUGGUAAAAACCAUCAACGUUUGUUCAGGAGUUCUGACAGUAAUUUUUAUUGCGAUCGAUGUUUAUUCUGUAAAGAAGAACUCCAUUGAACUUUACAAAGGAACUAACUCUGAAGUUGCUGAAAAGAUACGAGAGGAAGCUCAUAGGAUAAAUGUUAAUUUCGAGAGUAUGAGGAAAUAUAUCACAGAACUGUGCUGA